GCCGAAAAGAUACUCCGUGCUUGAUAGUAGCUUCAACGUCCGUCCUACCAUCUGACGACCACCCAAUCCAACCUGCAAUUGAGGGCAACAUGGCAGCGAGAUUGUUGCUACGACGGCGUGCCGUCACGCCUUUCAUGGCCGCAACCCUCGUCGGGGCAGCUUUAAUUCCCUCGAAUGCAUAUGCAGAGGCGCCGGAAGAUCUGAGUAAAAAGCCGAUCUACGACGACUACGAGGCGCCGCUCCCCAAACCCACAACCCCGGCUCCCUCUCCAUUCUCCGGCACAAUCCCAACAACAGAGUCUCCGAACCAGAAACGAGGCCCAACACCAACGGAUCGCUUGGCCGUGCAGAUAGGGAAAGCGCGCAUGUUCCUGUAUCAGCAAGCGACUGCUGCCGAGGAUGCCGUCAACUCAACCAUGGACAAAGCCUUUGACCUGGAGAAGUCCUUCACCCAGACCGUAGCCUCCCUGGCUCCGCCACGCGAGAGCGGUGAGAAGCUGAUGCCGGGGCUGGUCUACGUCUUAGUGGCUGGCAUGGCGGGCAGCAUUGUGACGCGCAACCGGAACAUCUUCUUACGUGCAUCAGUACCCUUGGCACUGGGAAUUGGCGCCGGAUGGCUCGUGAUCCCAGUGACGAUGAACAACAUUUCGAGCUUGGCGUGGAGAUACGAGCAGAAAUUCCCGGCCGUGGCAGAGGCGCAUAUUAAGACGCGUGAGAGCUUCCAGAGGGGCUGGCAGAUAGCCAAAGCGCGCUCGGGCAUGUCGAAGCAGUACGUCGAUGAGAAGGUCACCGAGGCGAGAGACGUGGUGGAGAAUUGGGUCAAGAAGGGCAAAUAAAAGCCCCCACUAAAAGCUUGAGGCUGUGUACUAUACCUAGAAGAAUAGACCUACGUCUCUUAUGUCUACAUUGAGUGCUCGUAUUGAUGGCUUUGUAAUAAAACUUUGGCAGUAACAUUG